GUUCUCGGAGAAGCAGCUUCCCCUCUCCGGUCCACCGACACAGACGGGAGCGAUGGAGGAAGAGUUGAAAUGCCCCGUUUGCGGGUCUCUCUUCAAGGACCCCAUCCUGCUUCCGUGUUCCCACAACGUCUGCCUGGGAUGCGCUCGGAACAUCACCGUCCAGACCCCGGAGGGGGAGACCCCGGUGCAGAGCCGAGCCUCGGGCAGCUCUGACUACGACUACCUGGACAUGGACAAGAUGAGUCUGUACAGCGAGACGGACAGCGGAUACGGCUCCUACACGCCGUGCCAGCUCAAGUCUCCAAACGGGGUGCGGGUGUUUCCGCCUGCGAUCCCCCACCGACAGUGCACACUCACCUGUCCGCUGUGCCACCGGAGCGUCUCUCUGGACGAGCGGGGGCUCCGGGGUUUCCCUCGGAACCGGCUGCUGGAGGCCAUCGUGGCGCGGUACCAACAGACCCGCGGCGCCUCCUCCUCAUCUUCCAACGCCGUGAAGUGCCAGCUGUGCGACCGCAACCCAGUGGACGCGGCGGUGAUGUGCGAGCAGUGCGACGUCUACUACUGCAACGCCUGCCAGCAGCGAUGCCACCCGUCCCGCGGUCCCCUCGCCAAGCACCGACUGGUGCCGCCGCCAAACAAGGCGGCAGGAGCGGGGGCUAGCGGAGGCGGCGGUGGUCAGCAGCCGCCCGCCACCGCGCGGAAACCGGCGACGUGCGUGGAUCACGAAGCGGAAAACUUCAGUAUGUACUGCAGCAGCUGCAAGGCUCCCGUGUGCAUGAAGUGUCUGGAGGAGGGAAAACACGCCAAGCACGACGUCAAACCGCUGGCCGUGAUGUGGAAGCAACACAAAUGUCAGAUUUCCCAGGCGCUGAAUGGCGUCUCUGACAAAGCUAAAGAUGCCAAGGAGUUCCUGGUUCAACUCAAAAACAUGCUCCAGCAGAUACAGGAGAACGGAGUGGAGUUUGAAGCUUGCCUCGUGGCUCAGUGUGACUCUCUGAUCGAGGCGCUGACCAGACAGAAAGCCAAACUGCUCACGAAAGUUACCAAGGAGAAGGAGUACAAACUAAAGGUGGUACGUGACCAGAUCACACACUGCACUAUGAAACUACGGCAGACCACCGGCAUGAUGGAGUACUGUCUAGAAGUCCUCAAAGAGAAUGAUCCAAGUGGUUUCCUCCAGAUCUCAGAUGCUCUGAUUAAGCGAGUGACGUCAUCUCAAGACCAGUGGGUUAAAGGGGCCCUGGAGCCAAAGGUUGGCCCUGACUUUGACCUCACUCUCAAUACCGACUCGCUGCUACAGACCAUCCUACAGCUGGACUUCUGCCAGGGCAAAGAUGUACAGGAGAAUCCAAAAUUGAAACAAAUGCAGGAAGCAGGCAGUGGUGAGGCUGAGAUGGAGACAGAGAGCCCAGGAGUGGAGCCUAGACCCUCAGUGCCUCCAGCUCCUCUCCUGCAGCUGGAGAAGUGCUGCACAAGGAAUAACAGCGCCACCCUGGCCUGGAGGGUAGCUAUGCCCACCAUCAACCCCAUCGAGGGCUACAUCCUGGAGCUGGAUGAUGGCAAUGGAGGACAGUACAGGGAGGUAUAUGUGGGGAAGGAAACAGUGUGUACAGUCGAUGGUCUUCAUUUCAACAGUUCCUACAACGCAAGGGUGAAAGCUUAUAAUUCCAUUGGAGUGGGUCCAUACAGCAAGACAGUCAUGCUCAAGACUUCUGAUGUGGCUUGGUUCACCUUUGACCCCACCUCAGCUCAUCGGGACAUUGUUCUGACUAAUGACAACCAGACAGUUAGCUGUAACAGCUAUGAUGACCGUGUGGUGCUGGGGACUGCUGCUUUCUCCAAGGGCAUUCACUAUUGGGAGGUCAGCAUUGAUCGCUAUGACAACCACCCAGAUCCUGCGUUUGGCAUAGCAAGGAUCAACACCAUGAAGGACAUGAUGCUGGGGAAAGAUGACAAAGCCUGGGCCAUGUAUGUGGACAACAACCGCUCCUGGUUCAUGCACAACAACUCCCACACCAACAGGGCAGAGGGAGGCAUCACUAAGGGCUCGACUGUGGGUGUCCUGCUGGAUCUGACUAAACGCACACUGACCUUCUACAUCAAUAAGGAACAGCAUGGCCCAACUGCCUUUGAGAACCUGGACGGGGUCUUUGUGCCCGCCGUCAGCCUCAACAGAAAUGUGCAGGUGACAUUACUGACAGGCCUGGAAGUUCCAAAGAAUAUCAAACAGUAAGAGCUCCCUCCUUACUCUGAGCGUGCCCUGGAUACAAACCAAUGAUGUCAUGUCCAGUACUGUCAGAUGGGAUCUGUUCCUCUCCCAUCCUUCUCAAGUUGACCCUUAACCUGGACAAUCUUCAGCUCCACGACUUUUUAGAGAAGUGACAAGUUUAUUGGCUAUAAAUGUAAUGAUUACAGCUUGACGACGUCACUGCAGAGAUGGCUGGAGGGCCAUACUUUUUUCCACUGCCCAGUUUAUUUUUCUCAAAGAUACAAACAACACUGAUAUUAUCUAUAUUCCAGCUUGCACAGUUUAUGUUAUUUUAAACAAUCUGGGCUUAACUCCGCCCCUUAAAGAUUUUUAUAUUGUGCAGGAAAGAUCAUUGUGAGUUGAAAAAUAAAGAAAAAAUAGACCACAAGCAUCACAGUUUUUAGGAGGUGGAAAAAAAACCCCUGAGAGAAAUGAUUCAGCAGUGCUUUUUGUUGCUCUGCUUCUCUCUCAGGUGUGUUUACAGCCGAGAUGAACACGAGUCAUUUGUAGGACUUGUGUAGUGGCACCAUGGGUUUUUUCUCUCAUAAAAUAUUUAAAAGCUAAACUCUCGCUUCACACUUUCAUCUCAGUGUUGACUCCAACAGCACUGCCUUCUCUGUUUUCUCUGUGAUUUCUUAUCUGUGGUAAGGAAUCUGACAGCCAUCUUAAAGCCGGCAAAGCUUCCCUCAUGAUCGACUCUCUUUCUCAUGCAAAGCGGCGCAAAGAUCGUUUGAUAGUGUUGUCAGAACGGUUUACAUAUUGAGGUCAGUCUGAGAAGGCUGGAACUUAAUUCCAUUUCAUUUUUCAGUAAUCUGACAGAUCUACCGAGCCAGGGGUGUAUUAUUUUGAAAUUCACAGUCUCAAAGGCCUAGAGACCACCAGCCUUUUCUUUUCC